CACAUUUACCGCCAAAAUUCAGACACACAAAUAAAACUGCACCCUAAUCGCGCCCCACACUUUCUCCAUACAAACACCACACCACUCUUCAAUUUCCAUCUUCUAAUUCCAACAGCAUACGCAGUACUCAGAUAACAGAGACGCACAGAGAGAUGGGUCAAUGGGUGAGUCCAGAUGCUAUAGCCACCUUGCUUUCAAACCCCAAACCAGAUUCUCUCACUGAUAUCCCUGAGAUCAUCGUCCAGAUCACCAAGCUUGAGCCUAAAGGGAAGUCUUAUGGGUUCGAUGCUAAUGAUGGGAAGAUGAAGAUAAAAGCAAUUUUCAAUUCCCGUCUGUCUUCAGAGAUCAUCUCUGGAAACAUUCAAAACUUGGGUCUCAUUCGUAUUCUUGAUUAUACAGUCAACGAAAUUCCCAGCAAAUCAGAGAAUUAUUUGAUCAUAACAAAAUGUGAAGUGGUUUCUCCUGCACUUGAUUUGGAGAUCAAAGAUGAGGUAAAAAAGGAAGAAGCGGGCAUAAUCUUAAAGCCAAAGCACGAACACGAGAUCAAGAGUGAAGUUAAAAAGGAAACAGGCGGCAUUCUUUUGAAGCCAAAGCAAGAAAUGGUUGCAAAAUCAGCCGCUCAAAUAGUACAUGAACAGCAUAGAAACAUGGCUCCUACAGCUCGCAUGGCCAUGACAAGAAGAGUUCACCCCCUUGUUUCCUUGAAUCCUUACCAAGGGAAUUGGACCAUCAAGGUCCGAGUCACAAGCAAAGGAAACAUGCGUACUUACAAGAAUGCAAGAGGAGAAGGGUGCGUCUUCAAUGUGGAGUUGACAGAUGAAGAUGGUACACAGAUACAAGCGACAAUGUUCAAUGAGGCUGCAAGGAAAUUUUAUGACAAGUUUCAGUUGGGCAAGGUUUAUUACAUAUCAAAGGGAACUCUUAGAGUUGCUAAUAAGCAGUUUAGGACAGUGCAAAAUGAUUAUGAAAUGACUUUAAAUGAGAAUUCUGAAGUAGAAGAAGCCAGUAAUGAAGCAGCUUUUAUCCCUGAAACAAAGUUCAAUUUUGUUCCAAUUGAUCAAUUGGGUCCAUAUGUUAAUUCAGCUGAGCUUGUUGAUGUUGUUGGAGUCGUUCAAAGUGUUUCUCCAACAAUGAGCAUCCGAAGAAAGAGUAACAAUGAGAUUGUCCCAAAGCGUGACAUCACUAUUGCAGAUGAGACGAAGAAGACAGUCGUUGUCUCACUAUGGAAUGACCUUGCAACUGAUGUGGGGCAGGAAUUACUUGAGAUUGCUGAUAAGUCGCCUGUAGUUGCAAUUAAAUCUCUUAAAGUUGGAGAUUUUCAAGGUGUGUCUCUGUCUACAUUGGGUAGAAGUAUUGUACAGAUUAAUCCAGAUAUUGCUGAGUCGAAGAAACUGAGAUGCUGGUAUGAUUCUGAAGGUAAAGAGACUUCGAUGGCAUCAGUAGGCUUGGGUUUAAGCCCUUCAACCAAGAGUGGAGCAAGGUCUAUGUACUCUGACCGAGUCUCCAUCUCCCAUAUAACAAGCAAUCCGUCACUGGGUGGAGAUAAGCCUGCAUUUUUCAGCAUUAGAGCAUAUAUAAGUUUCAUCAAGCCUGACCAGAGCAUGUGGUACCGGGCUUGUAAGACUUGCAAUAAGAAGGUCACUGGAGGUGUUGAAGGUGGAUAUUGGUGUGAAGGAUGCCAGAAGAACGAUCCAGAGUGUAGUUUAAGGUAUAUUAUGGUGGUUAAAGUUUCAGACGCGAGUGGUGAAGGUUGGGUUUCUGCAUUCAACUUAGAAUCAGAGAAGAUCAUUGGUUGUUCUGCUGAUGAACUUGAUAAACUGAAAUCCGAGGAAGGAGGAAGUGAAUACCAAAUGAAGUUAAAAAAAGCCACUUGGAAUCCUCAUCUCUUCAGAGUCAGUGUUGCUCAGCAUGAGUACAAUAAUGAAAAAAGGCAAAGAGUAACAGUUAGGGCUGUUGCUCCAGUUGAUUUUGCUGCUGAAUCUCGAUAUUUGCUAGAGGAGAUCUCAAAGAUGAAAGGUUCUCAAUAGGAUAACCUUGGUCUCAUUUGUUCUUAAUGUGGUUUUGGCCGAUAUGCCUCCAAUCUUUUGGAGCUUAAGAUACCCAGUUUCUAUAUAGAUUUUUUUUUUUUGGGGGGGGGGGGGGCGUUGGGGUCGGUUCUCUAAACAAUUGCUUGUAAUAUAUGGUUUUAGGCAAUAGUAUCAACUGUUUGUUAUGUUUCAUUUAUUAGCUUUAAAUAUAAUGGUCCUAGUUUUUCAGUUGGAUGCUU